CCUCUUUCCUCCUAGGCUCUGCUGCAGGCCCGCCCUCGCCCUCGCCCUCGCCCUCGCCCUCUCAUUCGCAUCUCAUCCACCCUCUGUUUAUAAAAUAUGCUUUCGCUUCAUAAUAGUGCUUCCUGAAUUUUGUGGAGAACGAUAUUCCUUGUAGCUCCACCUCCGCUUCCAACAAUCCAAUAUAAAAAAUAAAUAGAGUAUGAUGUUACAGAAGAAGCUACGGUCAACUAGAAGUUUUCAAGCUGAAGGAGCUCUUAGUGAGGGUAUAACAGACAGAUUCAGUAAUCUUCCAGAUGAAGUUGCUCAUCUUAUUCUUUCCUUCCUCACAUUCAAAGACCUCACUCGAGUGGGUACUGUGUCCAAAAGAUGCAGAAGAUUUUAUAUAUCAGCGCCAUCAGUGAAUUUUGAUGCGAGUCAGGCAAGAACCAACCAGAAGCUAGUAGAGUUGAUGAGUUCUUGGGAUCGGUACUUGUUUCAUCGUGGUGAUAAUAAGUUGCAGCGUUUUUCCGUUUUCUGGAAUUUCUUUAAAAACAAAAGUGUAAGUAAGCUUUCUGAUGAGCAUUUUCGGAUAAUCACGUGGAUUCAUAAUGCAGUAAGGUGUAAUGUUGAAGUGCUUAACCUUUAUUUCUUAGCACUCCAUACCACCAUGUUAGCGUUGCCUUCUUGCGUUUUUCUUUCUCAAUCCUUGAAGUCUCUAUCAGUUUGCUGUUCCGGGGUGAUUCUUCAAACACCCUCCUUAUCUUUUUCAUGCAAUCUCCUUUCCUUGAGGUUGAGUUGUGUUAAUAUAGUAGAUGAGAGUUUCUUUAAAUGGAUCUCAUGUACCUGCAAAUGCCUUAAGGAAAUACAACUUUUUCGCGUUAUAGGGAUAGAACGUAUCACCAUUGAAAGCUUGUCUUUGGAAUCAUUUGUGUUUGUUUCAGUUUGUGGUAUUAAACUCCUCCAUCUUAGCAUCUCUGGUGAGAAACUUGAAGAAAUAGAGUUAGAUUGGGAAUUUGAUGCUUGUCCUGACAGCCGCUCAUUAAAUAUUUUUGCGCCAAAUCUUAGAAAGUUGAAAUGGGAAGGGAAACUGUUGAAUGGCCAAAACCUCGGGAAGUUAAUGAGUUUAGAAAAAGCUCAGAUUUUUCUGGAGCCUGAAGUAAAUGACUUCGACAAUUUACAUGCAGUUCUUAGCAGUUUGUGCAAGGCUAAAGUUCUUAUUCUAAACGAGAAGACCAUUAAGGCUCUGCACAAGGAAGGUUCCAUGUCAGCAUCGUUAGAUAUUUUUCAUUUCAGUAUGCAUUUGAGGAGCUUGAAUGAUGCCCUAGUUCCAGCAGUGGCCUGUCUUCUUAAAGGAAUGCCUAAUUUGAAUACCUUGAAUAUAAAAUCUAAACCACCCAGAGGGCAGCCUUGCAUGUCAUCUGGGUUUGAUAUGGGAUACUGGAAAUUGCAAAACUUUGCUUUCAUUUAUCAUCUUGUGGAGGUAACUAUUGAGCUCUCCAAUGGGUCUAAUGAAAUUGAGUUUGCACGGUACAUUCUCGAGCAUGCUGUGAAUUUGAAGAAAAUUGUCAUUCUUUUUCAAUCAAGAUCCCAACAAUCUAAUGACGUACUAGGGAAGGUAAGUAAAUGCAAGAUGAUCUCGACGCCCAUUAUUGUGAUUCAGGGAACUGUUCAAUGAUGAAAAAGCAAGCAUGCUUGUUCUUUUUGGGAAACUAUACUUUCGAAAUGGGAAUUCUUGAUCCUGCUGAUGAACAGAACCUCACACAACUUUUGGAAGAAGUCACUGCAGCCGUCAAGGCUGAUAUGGAAGAGAUCAAAAACCUCCUUCUUGAUCUUCCGGACCUCAAUAAAGAAACCAAGUCUUCACAGUGCUAAAGUUCUUAUACAGUUGAUAGAUAGAAUUAACAAUGACACGGUUACUAUUCUGAGGAAAGCAAAAAACUCGAAGCAAGGUGGGAAUUGCUUGAUCACUCUAACAUGGCUAAUUGAAAUGUAUUCUUGCUCUACAAGGAAGGAAUCCCUGUUGAUCGAAUGAGGAUUUCGGUGUCUAAUGGUUUGAGAAUUAAGCCGGGAGGGAUAAUGAUUAAUUUGCAGUUGAUAGAACAGAUUGUUAAAAGAGUACAAAAAAGGUCUCAAGAGUAGGUAUUUCAGUGCCACAUGGGAGGAAGCAAGGAAAUGAUUGAUAAGCGGGCAGGUCAAAGUUUUUUGAACUGAAGCCAGAGCUGGUAAUGGAGAGUCAGGAAAGGCAUAAGGCCUUAAAGGACUUACAGAUGGAUGUGUUCCUAAGCAUUGCUGUGUUGGUUGAAAAGCAAAGCGAAAGGAUGGAUGAUAUUGAACUGAAUGUGGCUGGUGCUGGGGCUUACACUAAUGGAGGAACUAAUGCACUUUUUUUAUGCUAAGCAGAUGAAAAAGAGAAGAGGAAGAUGGAUUUGCUGGAUUGGAUUGGGGCUUUGGCAUUGUUUGUGUUGCUGGUAUGCUGAUUUCUGCCUUAGCUUCUUGAAAUUUUGUAGUGUGGCUGUGAUUGUUUUUCCGUAGUGGAGUUUUGGUCUGUAAUAAUAUACUGGAGUGAGUUUACUAUACUGGCUGAUUGAUGGAAUCAUUGCAUUCAUUACUUCUGUAAUCUAGGAUGCAGUGUUUGGUUAUUUCUUUUUGUAUCCAUAAAAGCUGAUAUCUCUCACGAUUUUCUGA